CCACAACACACCGACUCACCUCCGCGCACUCUGACCCCGACCGACGCGGCGGACGGGCGGGCGCUGUGGCCAACCGCUGAGCCCGCUGCCGGCCCCUUUGACCAAUGAGCUGCAGCCGGGCGGGGCUUCUUCUCCCCAAACGCUCGCUCUCCCGCCGACAUGCGCGCUAAGUUGAUGAAUAACUGAAGACAGCUUCUCUGAGCCUGUUUCCUCAACUGUAAAAUGGAGAUAAUGCCUAUAUCACCAAUAUAGUGAAGAAAGUGCCCACCCAGCAUAAGGUGCAUUGUGGAUGCUGUCCUUGAAGUUUCUGCUUAAUGGGCUCAAUUCUUCUGGUACCGUGACAGCAUGAGAACAUGGCACUCUCCUUCAAAGAAGACAACUCCCUCCACAUUACAGUCAAAGACCCAGAGAAGCAUUCUAGGAACAAAGCAGCAGGCAGCUCGCGAACACAAACCCGGGGCCAGCCGCCUACUGCUGCUGCUGCCGCUGCCGCCGCCGCCGCCGCCGCCGCUGCCUCCGCCGGCUCUGCGAACCCGGGACUUUUCAUGCACCACACUCUCCGCCUGCUUCCCUCCGUGUCCUGAAAAGUGCGACCGUUCUCCCAAGGAAUUUCCACGGUCUUAGGAGGGAAUGAUUCCCCAGUAAUAUUCCCUGCCCUGACCCAAGGUGCCGCUUGGCCUCCCUCCCAGGGAAGACUGCUUCUUGUGUAACGCCGGCCACAGAAAGAGACUCCGAUGGACUUACACCGGGCAGCCUUCAAGAUGGAGAACUCAUCCUACCUUCCCAACCCUCUGGCAUCCCCAGCACUGAUGGUCCUGGCAUCCACGGCUGAGGCCAGCCGUGAUGCUUCCAUCCCUUGUCAGCAGCCCCGACCCUUUGGUGUACCUGUCUCAGUUGACAAGGACGUGCAUAUUCCUUUCACCAACGGUUCCUAUACCUUUGCCUCUAUGUACCAUCGGCAAGGUGGGGUGCCAGGCACUUUUGCCAAUCGUGAUUUCCCCCCUUCUCUACUACACCUCCACCCUCAAUUUGCUCCCCCAAAUCUAGAUUGCACCCCAAUCAGUAUGCUGAAUCAUAGUGGUGUGGGGGCUUUCCGGCCCUUUGCCUCCACCGAGGACCGGGAGAGCUAUCAGUCAGCCUUUACGCCGGCCAAGCGUCUUAAGAACUGCCAUGACACAGAGUCUCCCCACUUACGCUUCUCAGAUGCAGAUGGCAAGGAAUAUGACUUUGGGACACAGCUGCCAUCUAGCUCCCCUGGUUCACUAAAGGUUGAUGACACUGGGAAGAAGAUUUUUGCUGUCUCUGGCCUCAUUUCUGAUCGGGAAGCCUCAUCGAGCCCAGAGGAUCGGAAUGACAGAUGUAAGAAGAAAGCAGCGGCAUUGUUCGACAGCCAGGCCCCAAUUUGCCCCAUCUGCCAGGUCCUGCUGAGGCCCAGUGAGCUGCAGGAGCAUAUGGAGCAGGAACUGGAGCAGCUAGCCCAACUGCCCUCGAGCAAGAAUUCCCUUCUGAAGGAUGCCAUGGCUCCAGGCACUCCCAAGUCCCUCCUGUUGUCUGCUUCCAUCAAGAGGGAAGGAGAGUCUCCAACAGCAUCACCGCACCCAUCUGCCACCGAUGACCUCCACCACUCAGACAGAUACCAGACCUUUCUGCGAGUACGAGCCAACCGGCAGACCCGACUGAAUGCUCGGAUUGGGAAAAUGAAACGGAGGAAGCAAGAUGAAGGGCAGGUAUGUCCCCUGUGCAACCGCCCCCUGGCAGGAUCGGAGCAGGAGAUGAGUAGGCAUGUGGAGCAUUGCCUUUCUAAGAGGGAAGGCUCCUGCAUGGCUGAGGAUGAUGCUGUGGACAUCGAGCAUGAGAACAACAACCGCUUUGAGGAGUAUGAGUGGUGUGGACAGAAGCGGAUACGGGCCACCACUCUCCUGGAAGGUGGCUUCCGAGGCUCUGGCUUCAUCAUGUGCAGCGGCAAAGAGAACCCGGACAGUGAUGCUGACUUGGAUGUGGAUGGGGAUGACACUCUGGAGUAUGGGAAGCCACAAUACACGGAGGCUGAUGUCAUCCCCUGCACAGGCGAGGAGCCUGGUGAAGCCAAGGAGAGAGAGGCACUCCGGGGCGCAGUCCUAAAUGGCGGCCCUCCCAGCACGCGCAUCACAUCUGAGUUCUCUAAAUGGGCCAGUGAUGAGAUGCCAUCCACCAGCAAUGGUGAAAGCAGCAAGCAGGAGGCCAUGCAGAAGACCUGCAAGAACAGCGACAUCGAGAAAAUCACCGAAGAUUCAGCUGUGACCACGUUUGAGGCUCUGAAGGCUCGGGUCAGAGAACUUGAACGGCAGCUAUCUCGUGGGGACCGUUACAAAUGCCUCAUCUGCAUGGACUCGUACUCGAUGCCCCUAACGUCCAUCCAGUGUUGGCACGUGCACUGCGAGGAGUGCUGGCUGCGGACCCUGGUGAGGUGGCAUGGGGGUCGGGGAAUCGGUGGCCACUCCGGGCACUGCCCAGAUGUCUGUGCUUAUGCCUGAGCCUGCCUGGGGGAAGUGGGGAGCAUGGGGCAAAGGAGAACAGAGCCAGGAGCCAGGAUAUUUACCCCCAGGAUAUUUACCCCCAGGCUCGCUGCCUCUCCUCCCCAACUGCAGGUUUAGGAACUUCUGCCCCUCCAUGAGUUCACUGCAUUCUCCCUUCCCCUCCCCCUGUCCCCCGAAGGCCCACUGCAUCACACAGACUGGUGAGGCCUGGGGUUGGGAGGAGGCUGGCUGUGGGUAAACAGGACCAGGGCCUUGGCCCCUCCCCCUCCCAUUACUAAGCUCCUUCUGCUCCUGCCCCUGUUCUUCGCUCAGGAGCAGCCAUUAAAAUGUCGCCCGGAGACAGCAAUAAAAGGCUCGGACGUGGGCUCUGUGUCCUGAUCAAAGGCCGCGUGUAAUCUCGUUAGGGCUGCGGCUGCCACAGCUGGACCCAGCCUUGUUCUCAUUACCGGGGCUCCUGCUGUGGGGCUGGCCAGGCGGUUUGAUCCUGGCGUCCCCCCAACACAGGAGCGUGCCUGCCUGCUCGCAGAAGCUGCCUAUGCGUCCCCAGCCUGGGCUGACAGGACCAAGGUCCCAGCACACACUGGUGCAGAGAGACAUGGCUGCAGGCCCAGGUGCUCACAUGCGCACAGGUGGCACAUUGUGUAGACCAGAGCCCUCCCUGUUCUCCCUGCAGGGUGCCAAGAAGCUCUGCCCUCAGUGCAACACGAUCACAGCACCCGGAGACCUGCGGAGGAUCUACUUGUGAGCUAUCUGCCCCAGGCAGGCCUCGCCUCCAGCAGCCCCACCUGCCCCCAGCCUCUGUGACAGUGACCCUCUCCCUUUGUACAUACUUGCACACAGGUUCCCCAUGUACAUACAUGCACAUACUCACAUAUGCGUACACACACACACAUUUACACACGCAGGACUCUGGAGCCAGAGUAGAGGCUGUGGCCCAGGCACUACCUGCUGGCUCCCACCUAUGGUUUGGGGGCCAUACCUGUUCCAGCUCUGUUCCCAGGGUGGGGCAGGGAGGUGGGGGUUGGGGGAGUAGUGGGGCACGGCUCCUAAGAUCCAGCCCCCAGACUGACAGACGGACAGACAUGCAAACACCAGACUGAAGCACAUGUAAUAUAGACCGUGUAUGUUUACAAUGUUGUGUAUAAAUGGGACAACUCCUCGCCCUCUACCUGUCCCCUCCCCCUUUGGUUGUAUGAUUUUCUUCUUUUUUAAGAACCCCUAGAAGCAGUACCUCCUUCAGGGUUGGCUGGGGGCUCGGCCCAUCCACCUCUUGGGGUACCUGCCUCUCCCUCUCCCGUGGUGUCCCUUCCCUCUCCCAUGUGCUCGGUGUUCAGUGGUGUAUAUUUCUUCUCCCAGACAUGGGGCACACGCCCCAAGGGACAUGAUCCUCUCCUUAGUCUUAGCUCAUGGGGCUCUUUAUAGGGAGUUGGGGGGUAGAGGCAGGAAACGGGAACCGAGCUGAAGCAGAGGCUGAGUUGGGCUAGAGGACAGUGCUCCUGGCCACCCAGCCUCUGCCGAGAACCAUUCCUGGGAUAAGAGCUGCCUUUCCCAGGGAAAAAGUGUCGUCUCCCCGACCCUCCCGUGGGCCCUAUGGUGUGAUGCUGUGUCUGUAUAUUCUAUACAAAGGUACUUGUCCUUUCCCUUUGUAAACUACAUUUGACAUGGAUUAAACCAGUAUAAACAGUU